AUGGACUUGUGCAACCAGUACCUAGUGUAUGCUAGGGCUGAAGAAAGUCUAGCCAAGCAAAAGUCAAGGAUUCAAUGGCUCAAGGACCAAACAUUGAGUGAUUACUUUGGCUCAUCCAGAGUGAACCAACUCAUUACAAAGAAACCUUCCCAUUCUCGAAGUUUGGAUAUGGUGCUUCAAGAAACUGAUAAAGAGAUCAAGGACACCUUCUGGUCUCUAAAUCCUCAAAAAUCACCUGGUCCGGAUGGUUACAAUGCUGCCUUUUUCCAUAAAGCUUGGCAUGUCAUAGGCCACGGGCUGAUCUUGGUUGUUAAACUUUUCUUCAAAUCUGGUCAACUUUUGAAGAAGGCAAAUGCUACCUUAGUUACCCUGGAAUUAAUGAGGGUUUACCACAAACACUCUUCAUCCCCUAGAUGUGCCAUGAAGGUGGAUAUCAUGAAGGCUUAUGACAAUGUCAAAUGGGAUUUGCUCCGGGAUGUCCUAAUUUCCAUGAAUUUUCAUCCUAAGAUGAUCCAAUGGUUGAAAGCCUGUGUCUCUACAGCCAAUUACUGCUUGUGCUUCAAUGGUGAAGCAAUAGGUCAUGGAGGUUCUGACUUGCAUCCUCAAGGAGAAGUCUCGCCUCCUGACUUUAAAUUCCAUUGGAAAUGUGGUUCCACCAAGCUUGUCAAUCUUUGCUUUGCAGAUGACCUUAUGAUUUUCUGCAAAGGUGAGGUGAGCUCCAUCACUCUCAUUAAACAAUCCUUGACUGAGUUUGAGACCUUGUCUGGUCUCUCCCCAAGUCCUACCAAGAGUAACAUUUUCUUCUCUGGUGUUAACCAUACCACCAAAUCCUCCAUUUCGAAUAUUUUAGGUUUUCAGGAAGGGUCUUUACUUGUUAGGUACUUGGGGGUACCUCUUCUAUCUACAAAACUCAAGCACACGGAUUGUAAAGUCAUGGUAGAUAGGAUUGUAGCCAAAACAAAGUCAUGGACCAACAGGUAUUUGUCUUAUGCUGGUAGGAUACAAUUGAUAAAGUCAAUUCUAUUCUCAAUGCAAACUUAUUGGUCAUCUCUCUUCAUUAUCCCUAAAAUGGUAAUUAAGGAGAUUGAAUUGAUUCUUAGAGCCUUCUUCUCAUCAUGUCUUGAUCUUAAGAAGUCUGGUGCAAAGGUAUCAUGGGAACACCCUUGUACCCCUGUUAAGGAAGGAGGUUUGGGCUUCAAAUCUUUAGAGAUUUGGAACAAAGCAGCUGUAGCCAAGCAUAUUUGGUUCCUUGUUUUGGGGGGGGAACAAUCUAUGUGGUGUCAAUGGGUUAAGUCCUACUUACUUAGGGGUAAGAGUUUCUGGAGUGUUAAAACUCCAAGUGACCCAUCUUGGGUUUGGAGGAAAAUCCUCAACCUUAGACCUUAUGUCCAGCCUCAUAUUAAGUACAAGAUUGGGGAUGGCCAAUUUACCUAUCUGUGGUUUGACAACUGGCAUCCCCUUGGACACCUCUUACCAAGAUUUGGUCCUAGGAUUGUCUAUGAUUCAGGGCUUCCAAAGGAUGUCACUGUGAAGGCUAUUGUUAGGGAUAAUCAGUAG